GUUCCAAGACAGUCAGGAGCGAAAUGGUAAGCGAAACCAAUUUUCUUUGAGUUACAAACAUGUUUGUAAAUUUUUCUUGGCAUAGAUCUUGAAUCAAUAAUUCAAAAGAGGUGCUACACGACCACAAAUGCCAAUCAUAUGCAGGCAACCACAUCUUCACCAAUGAGCCCAGAAAUAGCUGAGGCACCUGCAGCAUUCAAUGAAGAAAUGAUGGGAAUGCUAAAGGAAAUUUUAGAAAACCAAAAGGAGCUUGCAGCAAAGAUGACGUCGUUGGAAGCCAAUUACGUCAAUAAAUCGGAAAUGCUUGCUCAAAAUACUUUGUUGCGGGAAUGCAAGGUCGCAAUAAAGAACGUCCAGCGAUCAGUCUGUCUGAUGACUGGAGAAGAAAAAGAUGACGCGCUUGACGAAGUGGCAAGAAUGCUGCCUUUGAAUACCGUCGAAUCUGUGUUCGAGAUUGAGGAAAAACUCAAAGAACCUCAAUUCGCGCAAGCUACGACAACUUAUUGCCAUAAGCUUAAGGGGACUUCGCAGGAUGUGGAUGGCGUCAUCCGAAACAUUCUUACGGACAAUCUCCUUGAGUCAUUUAACUGGGACGGGAGGGGAGACAAACGAGCUCUGGCGAAACUUACUUUAUUUGAAAAAGUAUUGAGGGGCGUUUUUCAAUUGCAUGGUGCCUUCGAGUAUGAAAAAGAUGUGCGAAAGGCUGUGGAGAAGAGUCACCACCGAAUGAAACAAAAAAAAUAUAUGGAAAAGAAAAACAAGACAGGAGGAUAAAUUAAUAGUGAUUUGUAAUACAAUUAUUAUUCAGUGACACAAACAAGUGACCACGUCUUGAUUUUUUCAAAUAUUCGUAUC